AUGGGGUCCAUCAUUCGUGAUAUGCUGGGUAUUACUCCCAAUGUUAAAAUCGUUUCUCAGAUGAACGAGAAAUUGAAGAGUGAUGAAUCAGCUGAAAAUUGUGGGAAAAGAAUACCAAAAAGUUCUAACUUGGAAAUGGUUAGCAUUCCAAUUAAUACUUCGAUUGGAACUUCCUCUAAACAAAUGCAAAUAUCUAAAUGGGAAUGGGUAAAAUUUAAAAAUAACGCACGUAAUGAUUCUCUUAAAUUAUAUCAUUGGUCAAAAGUUCAAAAUUCAAAUCGCAAAGACUUUUUAAUAAAUGGGAAUAGAGAUUUGAAUAUAAAAGAUAAGGUUACAAAAGAAAAUAGCAGUUCUAUUCAAAUUUCCUCAGAAGAUAAUCUGCAUAAAAAUAACCAGACAGGUAAUUAUUACUUUUCAAAGUUUAAUAAGCAUCCAACAAUUUUCAAUCUUCAAUCAGACCAAUACAACAAAUUUAUUAAAGAUAUUGACCCUGACUGGACAGAAGAUGAUACUUUUUUACUGUUUGAGUUAUGUAAAGAAUUUGACUUGAGAUUUAUUAUCAUUCAUGACAGAUAUAUACCACCUUCUGGAAAACAACGUACACUAGAACAACUUAAACAAAGGUAUUAUUCUGUUUCAAAAAAGUUGGUUGAACUCAGUUUCGACUCUAAGAGGAGGACACUUGGAAAUUCUCCAGACCCAUCCGUUCUUGCCUCUCUCAAAGAAGAACGUAAUCGUCAUCCAUAUAUUAGGUAUUCAUAUAAUUUUGAGCAAGAUAAAAAUAGAAGAAUUGCUUUGAUUGAGAGUUUUAAUGAGCGGAAUAUAAGGAAAAAUGCUAAGAAAAUUAUUUCGGAUAUUCAACCAAAGCUAACUCAACACAAUAACAAAAAAGGGGGUUUUAAUCUGCAGAAAUAUGCAGGUGAUUUGAUUGAUAUUGAAAACGAAGUUGAGCAGGAGCUUAAAUUCAUUACCAAGUUGAAAUUACAUGAUUCAUUCGGCCCAAAGAAAAGUGGCGUAACAACUGUCGGAGCAUUAUGUUUUCAAUAUAUUUCCUCUCUUCCAAGGAAGUUUUCUUCAGAUGUAGAGAACUUUCUAAAGCAUUUUAAGCUUGACAUUUUUCCAUUACCAUUUUUGAGUAUUGAAAUAGCAGAGCAAUAUUGCGCAAUGAGAUGUGACUUAUUAAUUUUACUUUCGACAAGAAAAAAACUACAACGUCUUAAUUCGUUUAAACAUGCUUGGCAAGAAAAAUUAAGAAACGCAAUUCUACAGAAUGAUGAAUUUGGGCACGCAAAUCAACUUGACCAUGAUGAAAAAAACAGAGGUUCACUAGUUAAUUCAACAGGAAGACAAUGCCAUGUCUCUAUUCCAUCACCUGCAAUAAACGUAUCGAGAAAUUUCUCAACGAAAACUAGAGGUAAGUCUAUUAGGGGAACGCAGGAACAAAUUUCAGGGCAAAUCGUUAUUCCAGAUGUAAACAACGUAUCUAUUGCUUCACAAUUUGCACAGAAUAAUAACGAAUCUGCGAAAAGAGAUGGAGAUUUAAUUGAAAAACCUAGAAAGAGGUCUAAAUCAAAUGUUUCGAGGUUCUUAACUCAACAAAAUGGGUUUCCUAAUCAGCAUGGAGCUCAUUUGAGCUCUAUACAAAUAUUAAAUGGACAGAGUAUAGUUGCGCCCACCAAUUCUACACAAAACGAACAGUUUUUGUUACAUAAUGAUGCAAUAAUUGGAAAUGAGAUUUAA